GGUUUGUCGAGCUCAGCAAGCUCCCAACACACGUGCAACACAUCGAGAAUAUUCAAUCGUCAGAAGACAGAAGUGGAUUCCUCUUUACGGAGACAGAUAAUAUUUACGUAAAAUCAUGACGGAUGAAACUAUCGAAGAAUUGGGACCAUCCUAUCUGGGUACUUUAGAUUUUUGGGAAAAGGUGUACACCGAAGAACUCGAUAAUUUCAAGGAUCACGGCGACGUGGGUGAAAUAUGGUUCGGUAAUAGGGCUUCACUGAAUAUUGUCAAAUGGAUCAGCACGAAAUUAAAUCUCGAUUUGGAAAACGAUAGAAUAAUAGACAUAGGUUGUGGAAACGGUAUGAUGUUAGUAGAACUUGCUAAGAAAGGUUUUAAACUAUUAACCGGAAUAGAUUAUUCUCAGAAAGCUAUUGAUUUAGCUAACGAAAUAUUGAAAGAAAAUAAUGUGACUUGUUCGAAUUUACAAGUAUGCGAUAUUCUCGAUACCGAUAAUCAUGGAUUAUUAAAAAAUUACUUCAAAGUGGCACAUGACAAAGGUACUUACGAUGCGAUCAGUCUUCAUCCUGACCAGCCAGCUGACAAGAGAGGAAAAUAUAUCGACAAUGUAUACAAUAUCCUUCAAUCAAACGGAUAUUUAAUUUUAACUUCGUGCAAUUGGACUAAAGAUGAAUUAUUAGUUCAUUUCAAGAACAAAUACGAUUUGAUCUAUGAACUUCCUGUUGACUCAUUUCAAUUUGGUGGUAAACAUGGCAAUAUUAUUACACAAUUGGUCUUUAAAAAAAAAUAAACAAUUUCUAAAUGAAAUAACGAAUCCAAUUACAUAUUGUAAUUUCACUAAAUAAAUCAGAACUUAUUAUUAGCU